GAGACGAUAAAUCCACAUUUUCAAUCCGACGUCAUUUUGAGAUACCGCUGCUUCAGCUCAUCAUUUUGUACAUAAUCUUCAAAAAUGCGAUAACAAUUAUUGAUUUCUCAUUUCCCUCGUAUUUAUGUUUGAUGGAAAGGAACUAUGAAUUCUGUUGCAAAGUCAUGGCUUUGCACAUCGUGUCGGCGUAAAGCUACCUCGCCCCUCGCCACAAGAGUAUCUCGAUAUUCAACAUCAACUCGACAUGACAGACCUUUUAGAAUGGCUAUAGUCGGCUCCGGCCCGGCCGGCUUUUAUACCGCAUAUCGAGUUAUGUCUAAGAUCCCGAAGACGAAAGUUGAUAUGUUUGAGGCAUUGCCUGUGCCAUAUGGUCUUGUGAGAUUUGGGGUUGCACCGGAUCAUCCCGAGGUUAAAAAUUGCCAAGAUAAAUUCGAAGAAGUUGCUAGUUCACCGGACUUCACAUUCAUCGGAAAUGUCUCUAUCGGCAAUGCGGGUGCUCAUUUUGAUGCGUGUACAAUUCCACUAGCGUCAAUGAUGCGCCACUACGACGCCAUCGUAUUUGCUUAUGGCGCUUCGGAGGAUAAGCGUCUUGGGAUCCCCGGAGAAUCCGAGUUGAAAGGUAUUUAUUCGGCUCGAGAAUUCGUAGGUUGGUAUAAUGGACUGCCAGAGUAUGCGGAUCUUGCUCCGGAUCUUACCAAUGGGGAUGAAGCCGUCAUUAUUGGCCAAGGAAAUGUCGCCCUUGAUGUCGCUAGAAUGCUCCUAGAAAACGUGGAUGUGCUACGGAAGUCAGACAUCACUGAAGCAGCUAUCGAGACUCUAUUGAAGAGUCGUGUGAAACGAGUGCACAUUGUGGGGAGAAGAGGUCCGAUGCAGGCGGCAUUUACGAUUAAAGAAGUCCGAGAGUUGAUGAAACUCCGCGACGUCGGCUUUCAUGAUAUUGAUAUGUCACUUAUUCCCGAUGAGAUUUCAAAACUGCCUCGAGCUCGACGAAGGCUCAUGGACAUUAUGGUGAAGGGUUCUGCAACUCGAAUCGAUGAAGCUGCCAAGUCAUGGUCUUUAGAUUUUUGUUUAUCACCACUCGAAUUCCUAGGUCGAUCUGGUGGGGGUAUUGAGAGCACGGUCUUCGAGCGAACCUCAUUGGCGUCGCCGUUCGACCCAUCUUCGAGUGUCACCGGUACUGCUGAGAAACUAACAAUACCUUCUUCCGUGGCGUUUCGGUCUAUCGGCUAUAAGUCUGUUGCAUUGCCUGGAUUCGACGAGGUGGGUAUUUCGUUUAAUGAUAGGAAAGGAGUCAUUGAGAACGACGGAUUAGGUCGGGUAUCACGAAUUAAAUCCGAUGAAAGUAAUACCCAACACCAAGAAUCGCAUUUACCGGGAGUGUACUGUGCAGGCUGGGUCAAGAGAGGCCCAACGGGUGUCAUUGCGUCGACUAUGGAAGAUGCAUUUUCUACAGGUGACGCAAUUGCCUCCGACUGGAACUCCGGCGCGCCGUUCUUACAAGCAGAAAACAAUUCUGGUUGGGAUGCCUUAAGGGCAGGGGUAGAACGUGGAAAAUGCAGGGUUAUCCAGUGGGAGGAUUGGCGAAAGAUAGACAAGGCGGAAAGGGAGCGGGGUCUAUUGGUUGGAAAAGAAAGGGAAAAGUUCACGAGCACAACAGAAAUGCUGAUUGCUGCUGGAAGUUGAAUUGAAAAGUAAGAUACCCUCGCGGAUUAU